CGGUCAGUUUCCGGAAUAUCACAGUAACCCCUUCUUAAAAGAAAGAAAAUGGAAUCCUGAGAUCGCACUUAGCUUAACAAUCAAACGAUUUUAGAGUGUAUUUAAACAAUUACUGAGCUAAACGAUACCAUUAAUUGCUAGUGACACCAUUGAAAAGAUCUUGGGUUUUGCUGAGGUUUGAAGAGUGUCCCCAGUCCCCUCCCCUUCUAUAUCAAUGGACGGGUCUGACAGUAUGGAGCAGAGUGGCAGUGAACAACCGGAGUCUCAGCGGCGAAGGCAGCGAGACCGCCUAGAUAGGGAGGAAGCCUUUUACCAGUUUGUCAACAAUCUCAGUGAUGAAGACUACCGUCUCAUGAGGGACAACAAUCUCUUGGGGACCCCAGGAGAGGUAACGGCAGAUGAGUUGUUCAGUAGACUUCAGCAAAUCAAAGAUGGCCCAGAGCAGCAGAAUAUCACUCCUAGUACUGAGAAUGGAGAAGAGCCAGUUGUUUCAGUGCAACCAGAAAACUCGGAAGAACCUCCCAGUGGUGAUAGUCUCCUAGACUGGCUGAACACAGUGAGGCGCACAGGCAACACAACAAGAACUGGACAUCGUGGAAACCAGUCAUGGCGAGCAGUGAGCCAGACAAACCCGAACAGUGGUGAUUUUCGCUUCAGCCUUGAAAUCAGUGUGAACCGUAAUGGGACAGAACAGCAGGCAGCUGCUGAAGGGUCACAGGAGUCUCCAGAUGCCCCAGAAGUUGCUGCAGACCCUGAAGUACAGGCUCCUGUGGAAACAGAGGUGGUGGAAGAACCAGUGGUGGAGGAGUUGGCUGUCAUAGUGGAAACGGAGCCUGAACUAGAAGAAGUUGUUUCUCAGGAGAUUUUAGAAGAAUCUCCUAGAUCUCCUGCUGUAGUGGCAGUAGAACCACCCAUCUCGCCUUCUCCACGCAGAGGACAACGAAGACCCAGAAGUCGUAGUCCAGAACCUCGCAGGACUCGAGCACGUACAGCCAGGAGCCGCUCCCCUCUCAGCUUGGAUCAACUGGAUGGACUUUCCAGUUCCCGCCAGACUCACAAUCCACCAGGUUUGAACUCUGCCACCAGUUCUCCUCCUGUACCUCAAGUAGAGGGCAGUUCAAGGACUCGACAGCAUGUUCUUUCCAGACAAAGUACGUCUGACGCUGAUGUUCAGCCCCCGAGAACAGUUUCGGAACCGGUUCCUGAGGUGCAAAACACUGAAUCUCAAGAAAGCGAAGCUGGUAAUGAAGACGAUGGUGCUGGAGGACGUCGUCCUCCAACUAUUAUGUUUGACCUCCAGGUGCGCCGUGUGCAUCCAGGUGAAUAUUGGCAAAGAGACAGCAUAGCCAGUCGCACCCGUUCACGCUCCCAAAAUUCAAACAACACCUUUCUUUAUGAGAGUGAGCGAGGUGGACUUCGUAGAACAUUUUCGCGCUCUGAGCGUGCGGGUGUGAGGACCUAUGUCAGCACUAUUCGUAUCCCUAUCCGAAGAAUCUCAGAUGCAGGCUUAGGAGAGGCAACCUCAAUUGCUCUCCAGUCUAUGAUUAGACAGAUUAUGACUGGGUUUGGUGAACUUGGCUACCUCAUGGACACGCACUCGGAUUCUACAGAUUCAAACCGUGCAACUAACACACCUGCCGAUCUGGGAGAGGCACUUAACAGCCCAGAUGUAGUUACCAGUGCUGCUGCUCCUGCUGCUGCUCCUGUUGCAGAGGUUGAUGAAUUACCUGCAGCUGCUGCAGAAGGAGCAAGGACAGUUGAGACUGAUUCGGUUGAGGGCCUGGCCACUGGUCAACCUGCCUCUGGGGGCAGGGCUCGACCUCGACCACCCAUCACCCUUGAAGAGCCCAGCUCAUUGCCCUUCCUGCGCCUUGCCCACUUUUUCCUCUUAAAUGAUGAUGAUGAGGACCAGCCCCAGGGGCUCACUAAAGAGCAGAUUGAUAACCUCUCCAUGCGCAACUUUGGGGAGAAUGAUGCAUUAAAAACUUGCAGCGUCUGCAUAACAGAGUAUGCAGAAGGUAACAAGCUACGUAAGCUACCUUGCUCUCACGAGUACCACGUGCAUUGCAUCGAUCGCUGGCUGUCUGAGAACUCUACAUGCCCGAUCUGCCGCAGGGCUGUCUUGGUGUCAGCCAAUCGUGAAAGUGUGGUGUAGCUAUAUACAGACUGCAGAACCCUUUGUCUCUCUUUAAAUAAUCCUGUAUCCCCAGAUGCUUUCGAGAAAAACGUGUCAGCUCAGCUGAAAUGCAUUUCUUUCAUCCCACGAGUGUCACAUUAUAGUUACAGAAGUGAGAAGUUCCACACAAUAAAAUCUGGAUGUGUCCCUUGAUUUCAACAUGUAGCUCUAUUGUCAGAGGUCUCUGUUCAUAUUAACAAGUAAGAGGGAUCAAACAUAGUGGGUGGGAGUAUGUGUUUGAGUAACGCUAUCCUCUACAUGUUUUCAGAAUAUUACUGCAAGUUAACCCCAUUAAAAACACUUUUUUAUUUAAUAGUAUAAAACUAGACAUUUACAUAUCUGUUUUACUUUCUGUUGUGGUCCAUACUAACUGAUUGCAGAACCCUUGUGCAUCAGCUCUGUUUGAUUAUGUUUUUUAUAUAACAGUAGUACUUGUAGACCUCUUACAGCAGAGAUGCACCUUGAAAUCAACCCCACAGCUCCUUUUAUUGCUGUCCAAAGUUAGACAAAAGCAUUGCAUGCUGUUUGUAUAAACCUGUAAACACCAGGCAGUUUUUUGCACUGAGCCAAAUCAUGUACACAACAAAAAUUGUGCCCACCUGCCGGUAGUUCAGGCACUUCAAAUUUGUAUUAGCUCCUUAACGGGGCCUUUCUAUACAUAUAUCACAAUAUGGGUAUUGGUACAAUAUGUUAGUUCAACAUUUCAAAGUAUUGGCUGUAAAUAAGCUUGUAAAGAUAUAAACAAAUAAUACUUUGUAUAAUUGAAUUGGCUUUGAAUUGUAAACAAUCCGGAUAGCGUUGCCCUUAGUUACUUUUAAAAAUAGGCUAUUUCUGUGUACACAUCAGAGUUAUUUAGCAAUUGUUAUGUCUAAAGGUUGAUAGAAACUAAUUGGUUUACCAUUAAAAAUGUGACUUGUACUCCCUUAUUUAUCAUCUGAAAAAAAACAACACGUAAAUAAUAACUUUAUUUGGCAUUUUUCACAUGAAUUGUCACUGUGUGCUUAGUUCUUUAAACAAAAUGAUGCCAUAUGAUUACAAAAAAGAGAGACACGCUCGACUUUGUUACUUUUGGAGUAACACACAAGUAUCAUCAAAACAAUUGAGAUGUAUUUGUAUCAAAUUUGUAAUUUAUGUCGAUCUUGUUUUUAGCUUGAUGGAGAGGCUGGCAUGCAAAUGAUCCCCAUCUCAAAGUGAUCCUAACAGGCAUGACAUUUUAAGAACUGAAAUGUGUUGGUUUUGCUUUUAUUUGCACACCUUUUUUGAAAUCAUUUUAUGCAGGCAUCCAUGAAGGCUACUACAGAAAAGUCCAUAUGAUGAUUACAAAUCUAAAUAGCUUUGCUGGGAUGUGAUGACAUGUAGACAUGCCCUGUCACCAGUUCUCAGUGAAUGCAGAUGAUAAUGAUUUAUUCAACAGUACAUUUAAACUGACAUGACUUCCUUUGUUUGGAGAAAAAAAGUCCUUAGUUUUUCUGUUGGACAGUACGCUUGGCUAACGCAGUGUGCAAUACAUGCAUAAUGAAAAUAGUAGGUGAACAACCAUGGUAUAAAUGUGUGCUAUUCUUGAAGCAAGUGUAAACAACUCAAAAUAGGACUAAUUAUAUUUUAAAACGUGUUGAAGUUUCAUGUUGUUUUAUGAAGACAUUCUGUUGGUUUUGUUUUUUUUUUUAUAGCUCUGUUGCUGAACAGAAACACUGGCAGAAGGAAGAGAAGUGCAGCAUCAUUAUGCCGCCCCGUCAUGUUUCUCGUUUCACUGUUUGAUGUUUAUACCACAAUAAAUGCAAGAAGUUGUCAUUGUUGAAAGCUAUAAAUAUGUAAAAUACAUGUACGUUCCUUCACAGGCCUCGCUUUAGACCUGGUCAUGUUCUGUGACACACCCAGUCAAGUAUGUUUACCUGGGUGUCAGACACAGCUAACUGUUGAAUUAAAACAUAUAAUACUGCAA